UGUCUUUGGGAUUCUUUCUUCUUCAAAACGAAGAGAAAGGAAUACGGAGAACACACCAAGGGUAGUAGCAAGUGAUUCUCUGUUUGAAAUUUGCAACUAUGAUGAGAAAAUGUAUGAAAACAUAGUUGAAGCAACUGAAGAAUUUGACUCCAAAUACUGCAUUGGAGUUGGGGGAUAUGGAACUGUUUACAAGGCAGAAUUGUCUGAUGGUCAAAUUGUUGCUGUGAAAAACUUCACCCACUUCCAGAAGGUGGGUGGAGAUCAGAAAGCUUUCAACAAUGAGAUUCGGGCCUUGACUGAACUAAGCCAUCGCAAUAUUCUGAAACUUUAUGGCUUCUGUUCCCAUCCCCAACACUUGAUUUUUGUAUACGAGUUCUUGGAAGGGGGAAGCCUGGAGAAGAUACUGAGGAUUGAUGAACAAACAAUGGAGUUUGAUUGGAUUAAGAGGGUAAAUGUUGUUAAAGGCAUGGCUAAUGCUGUGGCCUAUAUGCACCAUGACUGCUUCCCUCCUAUGGUCCAUCGUGACAUUUCAAGCAAGAACAUUCUGCUAGAUUCAGACUAUGAGGCUCAUGUUGCAGACUUUGGCGCUGCCCGGCUUCUUAGGCCUGAUUCAUCCAAUUGGACCUCAUUUAAAGGCACUUUUGGUUACACGGCUCCAGAGCUUGCUUACACCAUGCAAGUGAAUGAAAAAUGCGAUGUCUUUAGUUUUGGAGUGGUGACACUGGAAACGCUUAUGGGAAGGCAUCCUGGGGAUAUGGUAUCUUUCCUGUCAUCAGCAGUUUCUUCACUCAUACCAUCAUGUUCAUCAUCAGCAACCUUCAAUCAUUUACUACUGAAGGAUAUGUUAGACCAGCGUCUUCCAUCUCCUAGGGAACAAAUAGCAGCGGAAGUGGUCUCCGUUGUAAAACUUGCAUCUCUAUGCCUACAUGCCACCCCACAAUCUCGACCAAGUAUGCAACAAGUUUCUCAGGAGCUGUCCGGUUCUCUCCCUCCCUCUAUUGGAAACUUAAGCAACUUAUCUGUUCUUCGCCUUCAUAGCAAUAAAAUUUCGGGGUCCAUACCAAAAGAAAUUGGAAUGCUGGGUCCCCUUGAAGUGAUUAAUUUGUCCAAUAAUAGUCUUACUGGUGAAAUUCCUGCUUCUAUAGGAAACCUGACCAAAGUAUAUUGUCUUUACCUUUUUGCUAACAACUUUCAUGGUUCGAUUCCUCAACAGAUCGGAGAAAUGAGAUCUCUCAUUGACCUUGAAUUGUCACACGCAAAUCUCUCGGGUUUAAUCCCUGCUUCUAUAGGAAACUUGAAAAAAUUGUCAUAUCUUUACCUUCAGCUUAAUACACUAUCAGGAUUUAUUCCUUCUAGUAUUGGAAACUUGACAAAUCUCAUUGAACUAUUCCUGCAUUGCAAUAAGUUACAGGGCUCGAUUCCUUGGGAAUUAGGUAAACUCCUAUCCCUUGAUGAGCUACGACUGUUCGGCAACAGUCUCAGUGGUUUCAUUCCAGCAGAGAUGAACAAUCUUACAAGUUUGAAAGCUUUUGAAGUCUCUGAAAACUUCUUGAUUGGCCAUUUACCACAACAGGUGUGCCUUGGCGGAGUACUGGAAAGUGAAAAUCUCUUGACGAAUUUGAGUGUCAAUAGAUUGAGUGGAGGAAUUCCUUCCGAGGUUGGCAGCUUGUCUUUUCUUCAAAUUCUUGAUCUCAAUCGAAUUUUCUCGAUGGGUAAAAUACCGAAGGUAGUUGGGAACUUGAAAUCUUUAGAAAAGCUGAACUUCUCUCACAAUAAGCUUUUCGGUUUUAUUCCCUCAACUUUUGAUGAUAUGUUAAACUUAACAUCUGUUGAUGUAUCCGACAAUCAGUUGGAGGGUCCUCUUCCAGACAACAAGGCCUUUCGAGAGGCUUCAUUUGAGGCUUUCAGAAACAACAAAGGCUUGCGCGGUAAUAUCACAGGUUUGGAAGUAUGUUCUUCCCAAUUAACAACUGAAGAAUUUGACUCCAAAUACUGCAUUGGAGUUGGGGGAUAUGGAAGUGUUUACAAGACACAAUUGUCUGAUGGUCAAAUUGUUGCUGUGAAAAAACUUCACCCACUUCCAGAAGGUGGGGUGGGAGAUCAGAAAGCUUUCAACAGUGAGAUUCGGGCCUUGACUGAAAUACGCCAUCGCAAUAUUCUGAAACUUCAUGGUUUCUGUUCCCAUCCCCAACACUUGAUUUUGGUAUACGAGUUCUUGGAAGGGGGAAGCCUGGAGAAGAUACUGAGGAUUAAUGAACAAGCAAUGGAAUUUGAUUGGAUUAAGAGGGUAAAUGUUGUCAAAGGCAUGGCUAAUGCUGUGGCCUAUAUGCACCAUGACUGCUCCCCUCCUAUUGUCCAUCGUGACAUUUCAAGCAAGAACAUUCUGCUAGAUUCAGACAAUGAGGCUCAUGUUGCAGACUUUGGCAAUGCCCGGCUUCUAAAGCCUGAUUCAUCCAAUUGGACCUCAUUUAGAGGCACUUUUGGUUACAUUGCUCUAGAGCUUGCUUACACCAUGCAAGUGAUUGAAAAAUGUGAUGUAUUUAGCUUUGGAGUGGUGACACUGGAAACGCUUAUGGGAAGGCAUCCUGGGGAUAUGGUAUCUUUCCUGUCAUCAUCAGUUUCUUCACUCACACCAUCAUUUUCAUCAUCAGUACCCUUCAAUCAGUUACUACUGAAGGCUCUGUUAGACCAGCGUCUUCCAUCUCCUAGGGAAAAAAUAGCAUCGGAAGUGGUCUUCGCUGUAAAACUUGCAUCUCUAUGCCUACAUGCCACUCCACAAUCUCGACCAAGUAUGCAACAAGUUUCUCAGGAGCUGUCAACUCGGAAUCCACCCUCGGUGAAGCAAUUUCACACAAUAACAAUAAGCCAAUUGUUUGAUUCCAGCUGUUAUACAUCCUGAAGCCUGGCAUGAAAUACUCCCUUUUUUUUUUUUUUGGUUCUG